AUGGCCUCAGCCGGGGGCUUGACUCGCCGGAGAGGUGGCGGUCGAGUCGCUGGCGGAGAUGACAACGAUGAUAGCAGAGUGUCAUCCCCGGUAUCUAGAAAUGGCUCCGCACUUGACCACCGCGGGCCCGAGGCCUCAUUCACAAGCUCUGAGAAUGGCCACAAGAUCGCUUUCGAUCCCCGGGACCUGAGUGAGACCGAAGAGCGAAGCAAACAGCCCAAAUUGACCCUGAUGGAGGAAGUGCUGCUGCUGGGGUUGAAGGAUAAACAGGGAUACCUUUCAUUCUGGAACGAAAACAUUUCCUAUGCUCUUCGGGGUUGCAUUGUCAUCGAGUUGGCUCUCCGCGGUCGCAUCAGCAUGCAAAAGGACUCCUCCCGGCGACGGUUCCCUCUCGCAGAUCGCGUAAUCGAAGUCAUCGAUGAUACAUUGACUGGUGAGGUCUUGCUGGACGAGGCAUUGAAGAUGAUGAAGUCGAGUGAAAAGAUGAGCGUGAACUCGUGGAUUGACCUGAUGAGCGGUGAAACGUGGAACCUGAUGAAGAUUGGGUAUCAACUCAAGCAGGUCCGCGAACGACUUGCCAAGGGUCUCGUCGACAAAGGCAUUCUUCGUACCGAAAAGCGUAAUUUCCUCCUCUUUGACAUGGCCACACACCCAGUCGCCGACGGAGGCGCCAAAGAUGAUCUUCAUCGCCGUGUCCGCAACGUUUGUAGCAGUCGCACCGUGAUCCUGCCGGCCAACCAAUGGCUCCCUGAGGAUGCUGAGUUCCGGUAUCUUCGAACUGUUAUCAUGAUAUGCGCGGCCUAUGCGGCCAACGUGUUGGAGAAUGCACUUGUUACAAUGAGCCACGAGGCGAGAGAGCGGGCUUUUGCGCAAGUUGAUGAGUUGCUGGCAGAAUAUUCCCAGUGGCCGUUCGCUCGGAGGCCGGGUGGUGGACAGGCCAUUGGUGCCAACCUGGCACAGGCCAUCAACGAAGAGGUCAAUAAAGCUAAGGAUCGAGAACUUCAGUUGGAGAUUGUCGCGGCAUGUUUGAGCGUUUUUACCAGACUUGAUUCCUUACUGUAG